GGCGGGUCCCCGGAUGCCCGGGCGGAGUGAUGGCGGAGCCGGGUUAUCGCGCCGUCUCUCGGCGGGACUCGCGGUCCCUGGUCGGUUACAAACACGCAUGCCAUGUCAUGGUGUACGCCCCAGACCCGGGCAAACUCUUCGGGAAAAUACCCCUGCGGUACGCUCUGCUGAUGCAGAUGCGCUUCGAUGGGAAGAUCGGGUUCCCUGGGGGUUUUGUGGACCUGCGGGACGGUACGCUGGAGGACGGUCUGAACCGCGAGCUCUCGGAGGAGCUGGGCUGCGACCCCAAGACGCUGUGUAUCGCCGAGAUUGACUACGCCAGCUCCCACGCCACCGAGGCCCUGCCCCAGAAGGUGGUGGCCCACUUCUAUACCAAGAAGGUGUCGCUGGAGGAGCUGCACAAGGUGGAGUUGCGCGCUGUGCAGGCCAAGGAUCAUGGCCGGGAGGUGAUGGGGAUUAUUCGGGUCCCUCUGUACACGCUGCGUGAUGGAUUUGGAGGACUGCCUGCCUUCCUGACCAACACGUUCAUCGGAAACGCCAAGGAGCAGCUGGUCUCUGCCCUGCGGACCCUGCGGCUGCUAAAUGAAGCUGAACUCCAGGCAGCGGUCAGUGCCAGUCGUGUUGGCUAGUGGUGGCGCCUCUGCCAACUCCCAGAGGGUUCGUGGAGCAACCGGCUGGCGACGAGGGAACUCUCACACUCACUCUCACACUCACUCUCUCGCACUCUCUCCCUGUCACACUCGCCCUGUCCCUGUCACGCUCGCCCGGCCUUCUUCUUUCUCUCUCUCUCCCGCUCCCCCUCCCCAGCCCCGCCUGCCCUCCCUCUCUCCCGCCCACGUGCUCUCUCUCUCUCUCUCUAUCGCCUGCUCUCUCGCUUCUUGCCCCCCGCUCUCUCUUGCAGGUCCCCCCCACCGACUCUCUCUCACUCUCUCUCACUCUCCCACUCAAACACUCCCUUGCACUGCCAGAACGCACCUCUUCUGCAUGUCUUGUUAACCAGGCGCCGGAGUGGCGUUCCUGUCGAGUCUGAUCAUCUCGUGUGGCUCGCCGACCGUACACUCACACCUCCUACGCUGCCCGCCCCGCGGCCAGACGGCUGGCAUCUGGAUUGUCUAUCGCACCGCCCCUUCAGCCCCGGCCCCCCCCUCCCCCCCCCCCCCCCCCUCCACCCCUGACUGUGCCCGCUCCCUCAGUGCUGACCCCCCUGAUUGUGCCCGCUCCCUCAGGAUGGCGCUUGGAAAUAUCUGCCUGGAUUCAGGAGGAUUGAACAACUUCAGCGUGGGCAUGAGGAGUAACGAGCAGCCCCGGUCUGUUUUAUUGCGUUGCAGUUGCUGAUGGCGUCGAAGAGAAUUUAAUACCUGCCGUGUUGGCCCGAAGAGUCACUGAGAGACUGCUUUCCCUCUGACUGCCCUCAACUGAAGCACAGAAGGGGACAGCCCCACUGCAGACUGGAGUGCGGGACAGCGACGGUUAUCCUGUCGUCUCCCCUCGCCAGGGUACAGGUGGAGAUGGAGGAGUGGGGCCGCUGGGAUUGGACUAUUGUGGGGUGGGGUGUUGGUGUGUAAUGCCAGGCACCCACUGAGCAUCACGGUGUCUCCUCGCAGCCGCCCCCCCCACCCCCCAACCCCAGACUCGGUGCGAUUAUGUGCAUGCGUGUGUGUUGUCGAUGUUGCUGGCGAAAGCAUGAGAUUUCGAGAAAUAAACGCACAAUUGUCGGA